UCUACAUAAGAAGAAGGAUGUGACUCAGAGCCUGGAGAACUACACCUCCAAGUGUCCUGGGACGAUGGAGCUCAUCACUCUCCCAGAUGGCCUCACCCUGACCCUGUGCCCUUCACCAAGCUCCCCAUUGUCAGAUUUCCAGUGGGUUCAAGGGGACGUAUGUGAAGUCCAGCUGAUGGUGUACAACCCCAUGCUGUUUGAGCUUCGAGUGCAGAACAUGGGGCUGCUGACCAGUGGAGUGGAAUUCGAGUUGCGCCCCGCAGCGCUCUCCCUUCCGGCCGAGUCUGGUCUGUACCUGGUGACGCUCGUAGGGGUCCCACAGACGACUGGAACGAUCACCGUGAACGGUUACCACACCUCCGUCUUUGGUGUUGUCAGUGACUGCCUGCUGGACCACCUCCCGGGAAUAAAGACCAGCGGCUCUACUGUGGAAGUCAUCCCCGCUUUGCCAAGACUGCAGAUCAGCACCUCCCUGCCCAGAUCGGCACACUCAUUGCAGCCUUCCUCUGGUGACGAGAUAUCUACCAACAUGUCUAUGCAGCUGUUCAACGGGGAGACUCAUCAACUCGCCGUCACCUUAGAAAACAUUGGCCUGGAACCCCUGGAGACACUGCAGGUCACCUCCAAACUGCUCCCCACCAAGGAGAAACUGUAUGGCAACUUCCUGAGCUGGAAGCUGGAAGAAACCCUCGCCCAGUUCCCCCUGCAGCCUGGGCAAGCAGCCACCUUCACUGUCACCAUCAAAGCGAGCCUGGACUUCUCCUGCCAGGAGGGUGUCCUGCAGGACCUGAGUGACGAUUUCCAGUGGGUUCAAGGGGACAUGUGUGAAGUCCAGCUGAUGGUGUACAACCCCAUGCUGUUUGAGCUUCGAGUGCAGAACAUGGGGCUGCUGACCAGUGGAGUGGAAUUUGAGUCGCGCCCUGCAGCGCUCUCCCUUCCGGCCGAGUCUGGUCUGUACCUGGUGACGCUCGUAGGGGUCCCACAGACGACUGGAAUGAUCACCGUGAACGGUUACCACACCACCAUCUUUGGUGUUGUCAGUGACUGCCUGCUGGACCACCUCCUGGGAAUAAAGACCAGUGGCUCUACGGUGGAAGUCAUCCCCACUUUGCCAAGACUGCAGAUCAGCACCUCCCUGCCCAGAUCGGCACACUCAUUGCAGCCUUCCUCUGGUGACGAGAUAUCUACCAACAUGUCUAUGCAGCUGUUCAACGGGGAGACUCAUCAACUCAUCGUCACCUUAGAAAACAUUGGCCUGGAACCCCUGGAGACACUGCAGGUCACCUCCAAACUGCUCCCCACCAAGGAGAAACUGUACGGCAACUUCCUGAGCUGGAAGCUGGAAGAAACCCUUGCCCAGUUCCCCCUGCAGCCUGGGCAAGCAGCCACCUUCACUGUCACCAUCAAAGCGAGCCUGGACUUCUCCUGCCAGGAGGGUCUCCUGCAGGACCUGAGUGACGAUUUCCAGUGGGUUCAAGGGGACGUGUGUGAAGUCCAGCUGAUGGUGUACAACCCCAUGCUGUUUGAGCUUCGAGUGCAGAACAUGGGGCUGCUGACCAGUGGAGUGGAAUUCGAGUCGCGCCCCACAGCGCUCUCCCUUCCGGCCGAGUCUGGUCUGUACCUGGUGACGCUCGUAGGGGUCCCACAGACGACUGGAACGAUCACCGUGAAUGAUCGGCACACUCAUUGCAGCCUUCCUCUGGUGACGAGAUAUCUACCAACGUGUCUAUGCAGCUGUUCAACGGGGAGACUCAUCAACUCAUCGUCACCUUAGAAAACAUUGGCCUGGAACCCCUGGAGACACUGCAGGUCACCUCCAAACUGCUCCCCACCAAGGAGAAACUGUAUGGCAACUUCCUGAGCUGGAAGCUGGAAGAAACCCUCGCCCAGUUCCCCCUGCAGCCUGGGCAAGCAGCCACCUUCACUGUCACCAUCAAAGCGAGCCUGGACUUCUCCUGCCAGGAGGGUCUCCUGCAGGACCUGAG